AUGGAGAUUCCGGUGGAUUGCGACUGCCGAACGAUUCCACUUAUUCAACAUCCUCGACUGGUCGUCGGAGAUGGGGCGCAUGCCAUGUGGCCAGCACCAUUCGGGAAACCGAAAAAGGUGAGCGCUACAAUGCUUGGGCUUCAAAACUUGUCGGAAUGUGACGCCGGCGAAGAUCGACAAAUGCAGUCGAUAUGUCUUUCCACUACUCUUCUCCGCAUUCAACGUUAUCUACUGGACGAUAAUGACGGUGACUGA